AUGGCAGCACACCUACCACCCAGGGAACCUGUCCUCCCAGACCCCGGGAAACGAAACAUUCUCAUUACCAGCGCCCUUCCAUACGUCAACAAUGUGCCGCACCUUGGCAACAUCAUCGGGUCAGUCCUUUCAGCCAACACGUUUGCGCGGUACAGCAGAGCGCGCGGCUUCAACUCACUUUACAUUGGUGUCUACAAGUGGUUCAACAUCAGCUUCGACAUCUUUGGUCGCACCACAACACCGCUGCAAACGGAAAUCACCCAAGAUAUCUUCCUGAAGCUCAAGGACAAUGGGUCUCUCGAGGAACGCAUGACAACCCAGCUCUACUGUGAGCAGCACCAUUCGUUUCUCGCUGAUCGCUUCGUCGAAGGCGAGUGUCCUGAUUGUGGCUAUGUCGAUGCUCGUGGAGACCAGUGCGACCUAUGCGGUAAACUUCUCAAAUCCCUGGAGCUUAUUCGCCCGCGCUGCAAGGUGGACGGUUCUGUACCGGUUACCAAAGAGACCAAGCAUAUCUUCUUGGAGCUGGAUAAGCUCCAGCCAGAGGUGGAGGCUUUCUUCCAGGAGUCAGCUGCUAAAGGCGCGUGGUCCAGCAAUAGAACAUCAAUCACAGCAGCGUGGCUCAAGGAAGGACUACAGCCGCGAAGCAUUACGAGGGACCUCAAAUGGGGCACUCCGGUGCCCACGAGUUUGGAAGGCUAUGAAGAGAAGGUUAUCUACUCGUGGUUUGAUGCUUGGCAAGUUGAAAUCCUGUUCCGCUGUUGA